AUGCAGGGGAACAACGGACAAUCGAGCUCAGGCGAGAUUCCGGCGAAGCCGGAGGAGCGGCCACCGGUGUCAAAGAAGUUCAAAACGACGACGUCCUCCUCCGACGAUUCCCAAACCCCACCACACUUCCCCGGCCCGCUAUUCCCCGCCGUCCGCCGCCUCUCCCCCACUCCCUCUUUCAAUUCCACCACCUCCUCCUCCUCCUCCUCCACCACCACCACCACCUCCCCCCGCGGCGGAGGCAACACCACCACCAGCGAUGCCUUCAGCUUCAAUUUCUCGGAUCGGGACUACGUCUUCCCCUCCAAUCUCGGCCCCUACUCCACCCGCCGGAGCGUCACCGUCAAAUCCCCCUCCCCUUCCUCAUCUUUCCCCAAAUCUCAUCAACCCCCGCCGCAAUUUCCGGCCCGCAGCACCUCCAUGCCACCCACUCUAAGCAGCACAGUGGGCCCGGCCCGCGGUCAUACUGCUAAGCCGAAGCUAAAAUCCGACAAUGAUUUAAAAACGCUGUCGUUUCAGCCCUCCGUCUCAACUUCGUUAGGUCUGGUUCCUGCAUCGUCGAUCGUGCCCGAAACUCGCGAUUCAUCAAAUUCUUCCACUGCUCGCGAAAAUUCCGGAUUCAGACAUUCUUGGAAGCUCACAGUUAUCUGCUUCAUAUCCAUUUCGUAUUCUCUUCUCUUACGAAACGAAGUCUCGAGGCUUCAAGUAUUCUUCAAUAUAUUAAUCGCGAAAUUCCGAAAACUAUUACAGGAAGAAAACAACAACCUUCGUAGAUUUCGCGAAAACCCCGUCGGUGACAAUGGAAUCGAAAAUUCGGAACUCGAAAACGGGAGUUCGUCUCGAGCGAUAGCUCUAUACACGGUCGUAGUCACCCUCGUAACACCAUUCGUACUCUACAAAUACCUCGACUACCUCCCACGAAUAAAAAACUUCUCGAAUCGGAAAAAAGGCGAUUGCAAAGAGGAAGUUCCGUUAAAGAAAAGAAUUGCGUACACGGUGGACGUUUGUUUCUCGGUUUACCCUUAUGCGAAGUUGCUAGCGCUUCUCUUUGCAACUUUGUUUCUGAUCGGAUUUGGAGGGUUGGCUAUGUAUGCGGUGAGUGACGGUAGUUUUACGGAAGCGCUUUGGCUCGCCUGGACUUUUGUGGCGGACUCGGGGAAUCAUGCGGAUAGGGUUGGGAGUGGGCCCCGCAUUGUUUCGGUUUCGAUAAGUUCGGGUGGGAUGCUUAUAUUUGCGAUGAUGUUGGGGCUUGUUUCCGAUGCGAUUUCGGAGAAGGUGGACUCGUUGAGGAAGGGAAAGAGCGAGGUUAUUGAGUGUGAUCAUAUUCUUAUUCUCGGUUGGAGCGACAAGUUGGGUUCGCUACUGAAACAACUAGCAAUAGCAAACAAAAGCAUAGGUGGCGGUGUAAUUGUGGUACUAGCAGAAAGAGACAAAGAGGAAAUGGAAAUGGAUAUAGCAAAGCUCGAGUUCGACAUGAUGGGAACUUCCGUUAUCUGCAGAAGCGGUAGCCCCCUUAUACUCGCCGAUUUAAAAAAGGUCUCCGUCUCAAAAGCACGUGCAAUCAUUGUAUUAGCAUCCGAUGAAAAUGCUGAUCAGAGCGACGCACGAGCUUUACGGGUUGUGCUUAGCUUAACCGGAGUUAAAGAAGGGUUAAGAGGACAUGUUGUAGUGGAAAUGAGUGAUCUCGAUAACGAGCCUUUAGUGAAGCUUGUCGGAGGUGAACUUAUCGAAACAGUUGUAGCGCACGAUGUGAUUGGUCGAUUGAUGAUACAGUGUGCUCUCCAGCCUGGCCUUGCACAGAUAUGGGAAGAUAUAUUGGGUUUCGAGAAUGCGGAAUUUUACAUCAAAAGGUGGCCUGAAUUGUACGGUUCGUGUUUCGAGGAUGUGCUUAUUUCGUUCCCCGACGCAAUUCCUUGUGGGGUGAAGGUUUUUGCCGAGCGUGGGAAAAUUAAAAUAAAUCCGGACGAUAAAUAUGUUUUACGAGAAGGUGACGAAAUCCUCGUCAUCGCUGAGGAUGAUGACACUUAUGCCCCUGGUCCUUUGCCGAAUAUACGGAAGGGCCUCGCCCCUAAAACAACCGAUCCUCCGAAAUUCCCGGAAAAGAUUCUUUUUUGCGGUUGGCGACGUGACAUUGAUGAUAUGAUUAUGGUAUUAGAAGCUCUAUUGGCUCCAGGAUCGGAAUUGUGGAUGUUCAACGAGGUUCCCGAAAAGGACAGAGAGACAAAGUUGACAGAUGGCGGUCUCGAUAUUUCGGGAUUGGUCAACUUAAAAUUAGUACAUCGAAAAGGGAGUGCGGUUAUACGACGCCAUUUAGAGAAUCUUCCGUUAGAGACAUUCGAUUCUAUUUUAAUUCUUGCAGAUGAAUCCGUUGAAGACUCAAUUGUUCAGUCCGAUUCUCGAUCUCUUGCCACUCUCCUCCUUAUCAGAGACAUACAGUCAAAACGACUUCCGUACAAAGACAGUAAAUCCCGUCCUUUAAGACACACUGUAUUCUCGCAAAGUUCGUGGAUUAGGGAAAUACAGCAAGCUUCAGACAAGUCAAUAAUUAUAAGCGAAAUACUAGAUUCAAGAACUAGGAAUCUCGUGUCUGUAACAAGAAUUAGCGACUACGUACUAUCGAACGAGCUAGUCAGCAUGGCUCUCGCCAUGGUGGCGGAAGACAAACAAAUCAACCGCGUACUCGAAGAGCUUUUCGCCGAAGAGGGAAACGAGAUGUGCAUAAAGCCGGCGGAAUUCUAUCUGUACGACCAAGAAGAAUUGUGUUUCUACGAUAUAAUGACAAGGGGUCGUCAGAGAAAGGAGAUAGUGAUUGGGUAUCGAUUAGCGACAGCGGAGCGAGCCGUGAUAAACCCUGUAAGCAAAUCCACGCCGCGUAAAUGGUCGAUCGAAGAUGUUUUUGUAGUCAUUUCAUCGGAUGAAUGACAAGACUUGAAUCGUCUUCUUACGGGUUUUUGAGGAUGAAGAGGGUUUUUUUCCGACAUCUGCUCUAAAGCGUAGUGAAAACGUAAUAUAUGCUUGCAUUAUUUAUGGAUAAUCAAGAACUUGCUCGAGCGUAGACGAAAGCUGUUGAAUAGUGCUAACUACGAGGGUUUAGGUCGACAGUGGUAGGCGGGUUUUCGCUGACGUAAGUCUUCAAGAAGACCGUUGUAGGUGGUUAAAGAUAUCAACUAUUCUAUUAUGUAUGUAUCUACACUAAAUGUACAAAUAUUAUUUUCACGAA